GUCAAAUCACGUCCCAGAUUCAUCCAAGCAAACAAGAGACGGGGAUCGCGAGGGGUUUCCAAGUGUUAUAACUUAUCCCACCCGCUCUGCCCCAGAUCAGUCAAAGCUGUUCUCCAUUAAAUGCACAUCUGGUGGUUGAUGACCCAGUAAGAUUCCUUGCAUCUCUACUGGAAUCGGUACCUGCCUAAUCUAUGUGUCAGGGUAGGGACCACAUAGGGGCCCUCAAAGAAGCUGUCCGUUUGCAACGACAGUUCUCCCUACCUAGGUACCUAACUACCUACCUACCACCUAGCACCUUCUUGGCAGUCCCCAAGAUAUCUAGCACUUCGGGGCCCAGCAGGCUUCUCUGCAACUCUCAGAACCGCGUGACUUCCCCCAACACAAAUCAUAUCAGUACUUAUUCUCAGCAUUGACUCAAUGCUUUGCAUGCGAUGAGCCAUGGCUCUGGGAUUUCUCAUACUCUAAUGCAGGGGUCUCAACAUAUUAUACAGCCUGGAAUCCAGGAAACAAAUACGCUACUGUGACGACGCUUCCCGACAUGCGAUGGAUGAACGGGGCAUUUUUCGUGUCGGACUUCAGGUCCCAAAGGAUCAGCGGGCCUUACUCGACAAGCGCGACGCCUGGGCUGAGGUGAUGAGAAGGACGCCUCAAGGCCUGCUGAAUAUUCCACCCAGCGUUAUUGAAGACCUAAAGGCAUUCCAUGCACCAAAGACCCAAUCUGCUCCCGCUGCGCCAUCUACCCCCAUAACAUGGGCUGAGCCGAUGAGGAAAACACCUCAAGGCCUGCUGAAUGUUCCCUCCAAAGUUCUUGAAGACUUGAAGACAUUCCAUGCCCAAAAAGUCCAUGCUACUCCCGCCGCUGCCUCCAAGCCCGUAACAUGGGCUGAGCCGAUAAACAAAACACCCCGCGGCCUCCUCAACGUUCCUCCUAAAAUUCUUGAAAGCCUGACGGCUUUCCAUGCCCAAAAGUCCGCAUUUGCCACCGCAGCCACCUCUUCCUCCCAAGCAUCCCUAUUUUCCCAGGAACCAAAGCCGACGGAGCCAAUGCCACCGUCAUCAUCACCGCCACGCGAACCCUACCAGCGGAGAACCGCUGUGACAGCGCAGGCAGAUGACGCUUGCUCUCCCUCAGAUACGCCUAUCUCGGGUUGGUCACCCAGUCCUCCUCGCAAUGACCAUCCAAGAGGAGCCGCUGCUAUUGCAAGCCCUCCAGGUCCACUUCAGGCCUUGCCGCCAAGGACAGCAACGAACAGCAGCAUGCAGAUGAAUCCGAACGAUUCAGGCCCAGGACCAUCGUCUGAAAGGACAGCCAAAUCUAUCGUGCAAUCAACUACCGCUUCUAUGUCAACCCCAGAAGAGAAUGAGAGCCCACCGCGACAAGUCAUAACACCAUCCUCGAAUGAGGCAGACUCGGAAGAAGAGCAGAUGGCCGUAGUGGAGCCUCUUGCUCUAGCCCCUGCCUUCCAGAAAUCCAUCAACAAGACCGCCGCCCCAGUAGCCCCAACGCCACCCUCUGCACAGGUCGUGCCUUGCACGGAUCAAAAGAAUCCACAUCAGCAGCGACCAAAGAUAAAAAGACGGAAGAUGAAAAACGCACUGGGUUUACUCGACAAAUGUCUGGGCAAGAUUCCGGAUUGCGAUACCUCAGGCCAACAAGCAGUACCGUCUCGAUCCACCUCAAUUGCGAAGAGACGUUCAGAAACGACAACCCCAGUGUCGCGGCAAUCUCCUCGAGAUCAGGGGUCCCCGAAGGCUCUCUCAUCGAGUCAAAGUCCACAGAGUGACCAUGAGCCAGCACCACAUGCAAGUCAACAUGCCAAGAUUACGACAAAGCUGCCUCGCGCAUCAGACAGUCUGGGCACUGGCAGCGUCACGGCUAAUCCAGUCACGUCCCAGGCUGAACCAACCCCAUUUGAAAUCUUUCGAACGAAUUAUCCGGACUUCACGAGUGACCUCGCCAAUUUUUUGAGGGCGUGUAUGUCAUUGCAAUGGCUUGCUCGACAAAGCUUACUCAAGGUCUCUUUGUUUGACGACUUUUUGCGUGUUUAUUGCCACAAAUACAUACCAUUCGUCAUGUCCCAUGACUCCGCUCCGAGCGCUAUCGAAUAUUACAACAAAGAUGAUGAGGCAAUCAGUUAUCUAAACGGCGUGGUCGACAAAUCAUUUCUGAAGCGUGUCCAAGCGUUAUACUCGGCCGAGAUCGCGGCUAUUGAGGCUGGUAACUCUGUAGGGGACCCAACAGAGACAUCCCAAGUGCGCGUUGAGGAUGAGGAUGCAUCGGCAGACAUGGAAAUUGAUCAGCCAGAUGAGGGUUCUAUCGCCGACAACCCUGAAGAACACGCGGGAAGCCAUAACGCAGCAACGCGCUCUUCGCCUGAUCAACCAACACAGCCCGAAGAAGUCGGGAUCUCCGAUAUUGAGGACGACCGCUUCUAUCGCUCGUCUCGAGAAGCAUCGCCAGACCUGAGCACACCAGCGCCUCACAGUCGGCAAAAUCCAAUGUCACAAGGCGACACUCAUACGCAACCGAAAUUCAGUGCACCUUUCACUGGCUCCAUUAUGGACUUGACAUCGAGUGCAGCAUCGGAUGUGGUCAUUCCAAACACCUCUAUCUCGGUGUUGGAUGCCAACCCAUCAAGAAUUCCUGAAACAGUUCACAAGCCUAGAUCUAGGCAGAGAAUAGAGAGUGCCAAAAGGCCAUUCCGUCUGAUUGCUUCUCUGCGCAAUAGAGACAGUCCGACAUCGUCGAUGAGCAUUGCGCAGAGAAAAAGAAGGUUUAGCGAGUAUUUGGCCAAAAAUGGACAGAGGAACGAAGCGUAGGAAGGAUGGCUGAUGACAUAUUUACGUUCAUUUAAUUGGAACUUGGUCAUGAGAGUGAAAGAAAAAAGCAAAAACUCCCUUGAUGCAACGCAGAACCCAUCGGGCCAUAACAUGAUCUGGAACCAAAAUUAUUGUCUAAAAGUAUAAGAACCGACCUCUCUAUAUUUCCUCUGUUUUCUCGAGUUGUCCAAACUCAAAAUUCCCUAAAUAUCCUACCAUCAAAUUGCCCCAUCAUCCCACAGCCCGCGCUCGAUUUCGAUGCCUGCGGCGAUUUGCCUUGUGAGCGGCCGCAGCGGCACCGCCCCUCUUCUUGAUCGCGUCCCUGGCCGCCUCGAUCUUGGUCAAGGGCUUCAUACCCUCGUAGUGCGACAUGACUACGCCGCCCGCCGGGAGCUCCAUGUUGUCGUUUGUGACCCAGAUGACGCGGACGGGGAGCUCCUUCUUGAGGAUCGCGUCGGCCUCGGCGUGGGCGGGGGCGUCGGGUAUGACGUCGAGGAUGUUGGGCUCUUCGCCGGGGAUGACGAGCCCCAGGGCCAGAUCGGUUCCCAUGUGUCGCCGGCCGUACUUGUUGAGGAUUAUAGCCAGCUGGUCGGCCCCAAAGUGCUUGUCGUUGGAGAUGCGCUCCAACUCAAACUCGCUCCUGGGGAGCCACCUCUGCUUCGAUCCAGGUGGUCCUCUCCGCCUUGUACUCGGCCCACGUCCGCCGGAGUACCUCGAGGUCUGGGAGGACAGUCGACUGCAAGGCGACAUUUGUUAGUGCUCGACAUACCUAUGAGGAAUAUGGGCCAGGGGCUUAAGGUUGGUGAGUGCUUACCACCUCCUCAACAAUCACCUGCAAAUACAGACUGUCGAUAAGGGCAUAGAGCCCACGUUCUAGGGCUGCGAGGGAUCAAUGAGUGUUAGCCAAGUUGAGGAUGGAGUCUGGGCAGUGAUCUGCAUCGAGUUUGCUCCCUCAGGGUUUGUUGAUUUACAUACCUGUGCCCGGGUUCUUGAUGGUCUUGUAACCAUGCUUGAAGCACCGCUCGUAUUCGUACGUCUUGGCGCGACUUGACCUCGUUCCACGACAAAGAGUCGAGCCGCCACAUGUAAUGUAAUUGUGUCUCGGCUCGGGCCGCGUCGGAGUCGGGCGUGGGGCGGGAGGCCAAGAUCGGAAGGGGAUCGACGACAUGCUGAGCGAUUUACGGACCCUUGUGGUAUGUAUUGUACCUAGUUCUGUAGAGUCCGUUCUCAGGAUCAAAGAAGUGUUCUUUUGCUCUUGAUAGAUACAAGUGAAGCCAGAGUAUUGAUGGUGGGUGCAGGUUCAUGAGCAGAUCUUGGACAGACACCUGGGGUAGAGGAUGCCUCAAUUUAAAGAUGUUUUCUGAG